ACAGGUUUUGAUAAAUCUCCCCGUGUCCUUAUGACUGAAUUCCGCCUCUGUCAGCGGCUUUGUGAUGAUCCCGAAUAGCAACAGGAGAAUACAGCAGCACCCUGCUAGCACAAAGAUAUAGAUGAAACAUGAGUAUAUAGAUAAAACAUGAGUAUAUAGAUAGAACAUGAAAAGCUAUACAGCUGUAAUGCAAUAAAUGAAGAUAUGAAACUGUCACACUGGGACUUCUAAAGAUAAACGUCAUUUGUGACAACAUGGCCCCUCACAUUGUAGGCUUCUCAUAGUUUGGACUCUAGUGGUAGGCAGAUGCAGGAGCCUAGAGAAGCUGGAUACACGGUCAUGGCUAUAGCAGGACUUGGCACCAAACUUUCCAAGCCCUUUUGAAUGUUAGAUGUUUGCCCAGUUUAUGCAGGUGGAAUCUGCAUAGGGCGCUGGGGAGGGAGGCAGGGGAGCUGCAGACACGUUCCGCAGCUCCAGGGGUGCCAUCACCUGCCAUGAUAUCGGCUGCCCCGCUCUAUGGUGGUGUGCACAACUGGACCAGUGCCGACCGUGUGCGUAUGUGUGGCAUCAACGAGGACAGGAGGACGGCACUGUCUGAUGAGGAGUCCAAGUCUAACAGCGCCCAGCACCUGGGAUCCGAAGAGCGUUGUGUGAGCAGUAUCCUCUCCAAGGUGGCUUUAAUACCUGCAACCAACCAAAGUGAUGCCCUGAUGCUGCAGGACAUUGGUGCUACACAGGUGGAGACUGGGCAAAAACCGGAGGAUAAACCACCAGACGGCACAGAACCAGAGCAAGCAGGCCCAUUGUCUAAAGCUUGUAAUAAUGUGUCGCCGCCCGAGGGCAAAGCCACCACAAACAUGUCUGACACUUCUGUCCAAGCAGCUUCAAGCAGACACAGUAAGAAAGCAGAACCUUCAAGGGCCCUGACGGAAGAGAAAGCUGCAGGGCCCGAGCACUCUGCCGCUCAGGCCAUUGAUGCUGAUGGAAAGCAAAAGACUGUCCUGGGCCCCGGAUUACAAAUCACAGGUCAAUCUGUAGACACUUCACAUGCUGUCGUUUCCUCUGGGUUUCCCUUUACUAUGAGCAGAAUCUGCUUUUCCACCACUCAGGUCCCCAAUGUGCAGAAGCUUCCUCUGUCUUUUCCACCCGGUGCCGUAUUGACACAGAGCCAACCCCUAGUUUACAUCCCACCUCCCAACUGUGGGCAGCCCCUCAGUGUAACUACCUUACCCACCACAUUUGGAGUGACGUCGACUCUGACCCUUCCCAUCAUGCCCAGCUGCUUGACGGAGAGAUGCCUCCUGCAGGCACCUUCAGAACUGCAGUCACACACUUUUGCUUCGACUCUGGGAAGGCCCUUGGCCUCUGAUCCUAAAAUGGUCCCUGCAGAGUUGACUAAACCAGCAAGCAUGGCAGCCCCUACUGUAUCACUUACGAACAGCAAUAGUUUGGCCACUAAAGUGGACAGUUCUUCUGUCUGCACUGAUACAUGCACCCCCACCCUGUCAGCUCUACAGACUCUCUCUGCACACCCCACACUUCCAGUGGUUAGUGUGAACCCUGUCACCAUAGCUUCCUAUUCCAGAACGCCUAAUACAGAGCCACAAAAUGAUUCCUCUUCAUCAUCCUCUGUUUCCCCAUUAAAGUCUCCGCCGCAGCUCGAAAGGGAGAUGAUCUCUCCUCAAGACUCUUAUGAAAUGCCUUUGGAUUUGUCCUCUAAAUCUCACCGCCAUAAACACGCUCCAUCUAACCAACGUAAAACUCCACCUAUGCCAGUGUUAACCCCGGUGCAUACCAGUGGAAAAGCCUCCUUGUCUACCGUUCUGUCCCGGUCUGACUGUAGCACGCAGAGUCCUGCCCCAAUCAGUUUCACCAGCAACAGUGUUAACCAGAAUCUUCGAGGAGUAUCUCCAUUGGUAAUGUUCCCAGAAUAUUUAAGAAAUGGGGAUCCGGUGUCGUCACAGAUAGUCGGAGCAUCGGGAUCGUGGAUUAAAAAUUCUGCUGCUGUUAUUAGUACCAUACCUGGUACUUAUGUAGGGGUGGCAAACCCAGUGCCUGCCUCUCUGUUGUUGAACAAAGACUCUAGCUUGAGCCUUAGCACAGACUCCCGACAUUUAGCAAAACAGGAGCCAAUCUCGAUUGUUGACCAGGGAGAGCCAAAGAACUCAGGGUCAUGUGGCAAGAAAAAUAGCCAGACCAGUGUAGAUGGCCAGCAGCCCACAGAGAAGCGACAUCUUCACGGACGUCCUAUAGCAGUAAACUCUCUAUGUUCUUCAACGGACUGGACGUUAUCUGGACAUGGGACGGUGCACCCGAAAUGUCCCUUAAAUGGGAAACCCAGCAAUUCUCAGGUUCUGCCAGUUAGUUGGUCUCCAUACCAUCAGACGUCAGUGCUGUCUAUUGGCAUACCAGCCACAGGCACACUCCAUCCAAACCAAGGUUCGCAUCCCAGACUUCCCAUCGGUGAGUUCACUUUGUAUUCCAGCAUUCUUCCAGCAGAAUCAAAGGUGAUGCCUCAGAAGAGCGUAGGAGAUUCUACAUUAAGUACUCAGCAGAAGACUACGCCAGCAGUGACUCACGAGCAUGACCUGCUGGCAAAAGCAAGGACUUGUGAAUCUGUUUCUAAGUCUAGGAAAUCUCAUACUAAUAAAACUUUGCUUGCACCAAAACCUGCUGCAGGAAACACUGCUUUAUACCUUCAGUCAGGCGUGGCUGACAAAGGGGACAGCACUGCAGAUGGUAAGCAAGCAGCUGAGGGUAGCCCCACUAUAAGUAAACCCUCCAACAAGCAGAACUGCAAGGACAAUAAGAUCCGACCACCAAAGUUGAGUUGCAGUCGAAAGAUAUUUGGAGACACAAAGCCAAAAAACAAAGUACUUGCCUCCUACAUGACCAAUGACCCAGUUUCGGUGGCUCCAAGAAAAGACAGUGGUCAUACUUUCCCUUCACUGAGUCGGGACAUCAGCAAAAAGGACGCAAAAGGCGAUGGUUCACAGGAUCAGCCUGGGCAUCGCAAGCGCAGCCACAAAAAAGCACAUGAUCCCGUAGACACUCAGCAUUGUGUGCAGGAGGUAGACUUAAGCAAAGUCAAAAUUGAGAGGGUAGACGAUGAUGAGAACUUUGGCUAUUUGCCAUCAUGGUCACCUGUAGAAAUGCCACCAAUCACCAAAGUCAAGGCUAAGGUUAAGAAAGAGCCAGGUUUACGAGGUCGGGGUAAGUGUCUGGAAGAGAUCACACCUACAACGCCAGCACAGCAGAAGUUCAAGUGUAAAGCUAAAGAAAAAGAUAAAGACGCAAAGAAAUGUUUACAGGAACUUCCGAAGAGAAAGGGCAAAAGGCAACAAGCUGUCUCCAGCCUCGAGAAGAAAGAACAUACAAGCCCGAAGUCCAAGAAUGAGCCAGUGGUGACCGGAGUGAAGAGGCGGAGGAGGAGAGCCAUAAAGACUGAGCCUGUGGAUCCAGAAUUGUACCCAGCCACGCCAGAGAGAAAAUCCAAAAACAGCUUCAAAGACUUCAUCCCAGUCGUCUUAAAGAGCCGAACCCGCAGUCAGACAGGAACCUUCGGGUCUACGGACGUAGAAUCCACCGUUUUAGACACUUUCCGUGUUCAAGAAGAAGAAGCGUUAGACGAGACGGGCAUCCCUUAUAAGAGAAGGAAGCUGAGGAAGCAUGGUAGACCGGGCCGACCGCGCAGAUUCACUGCUGUCAAAGAGGAACCAGAACCCGAACUGAUCAGCCCAACAAUACAGGACUCCUGGGAGCUGUCCAGCAGAGGUCUAGACUCUGGGAAAGCAGCCAUCUUGGAGCAGGAUGAUAUUGGUGAAGAGGACGGUACAUUACGGCGGAGAAAAAGGCGAAGGCAGAAAAAUAGAAAAUAUCAAAAUGGAGAAUAUCUAACGGAAAAGGAGGAGGAGGAAGUAUCUCAGUACUACUGCAGGAGAAGAGCCAGGACAGACUUUCGGAAGAGGAAAAUAUCACCAGACAGAGGCAGCGACAUCGUGAGGAGUAACCAGAGACAAAGCUUCGAGGACUCGCCCUCCAUACGAGUCCUCGAGAAGCCCUCUGGAAAACGCAAGUGCAAGACCAAACACCUAGGGGGCAGCACAGAUGAGGAGGCAAAGGGUAGAGGCCGGCGACCCAGCCUGUCUCCUAAAGGCACACCCAGAAAAUCUCCCAGGAAGAGUGGUGAGCCAGGAACCCCCAGCCGCGCCCGUCGUACCAGUAUGUUCAGCUCAUGUGACACCCAAAACAUGCCCCCGGAGGCCAGGAGGCUGAUUGUCAAUAAGAACGCUGGAGAGACCCUACUGCAGAGGGCGGCACGGCUGGGAUAUAAGGAUGUCGUGUUGUAUUGUCUACAGCGAGAUCAGGGCGACAUCAACCACAGGGACAACGCGGGGUACACCGCCCUGCACGAAGCCUGCGCCCGCGGAUGGACCACCAUCCUGCAGAUCCUCCUGGAGAACGGAGCCAACGUAAACUGCAGCGCCCAGGACGGUACCCGGCCCAUCCACGAUGCUGUUGUCAAUGACAACUUGGAAACAGUAUGGCUCCUGCUGUCGUACGGUGCAGACCCCACCCUGGCCACGUAUUCGGGACAGACCCCCAUGAAGCUGGCCAGCAGCGAGGCCAUGAGGACCUUCUUGAGCGAUUACCUCUCCGAUCUGCGAGGACGAUGUGACGGAGACCCACGAGCCUCCUGGGACUUCCAUAGCAGCUCUGUAUUAGAUCCUAAAGAUGAAAUCGGCCAUGACAUCCUCCUAGACGCCUCAGAGACUUCGAAGGACGAGGAGGACGGGGAGAAGCAACAGGAAGACAACUUUUUGUUUGAGUUUUCCGAGACGCCUCUGAUUUCCUGCUACAACCUUCACGUGUCCCUAACCAGCGGACCCAAUAACUGGUUCCUGGUGUCCGAUGUCCUGAAGAGGCUGAAGCUUUCCUCUCGAAUAUUCCAAGCUCGAUACCCGAACUUUGAAAUUGCCAGCAUGCAAAAAAAGGAGUUCACCAGACAGGUGUUCAGCAGCCAGAUCCUCACGCCUGCCGAGGGGAUGGAUCUCUGGCCGCAGGACUGUGGAGAAAUGGUGGAGCUGGUGAAAUACGAGCCUGAACUGGUGCGGCUGCUGGGCUCCUCUGUGGAAUUCCAGAGCGUCAACAGCUGACGAACAACCCCCGCUCACGUGCAAGACCCUUCAGCUGCGUCCGAGGCAAUAACACAGAGGGAGGAAGGACAGCUCCUGCAGCGCCCGCACCGGUGAAUGCCGCUCCUGGUUGUGCCCUUUUUUCCAGUCUACCUGCCAUCUCUCAUCUGAAGAGAUUAUACGCACAGGAUCCCCUCUGAAGGAUCCUUCACACCCGCAUUAGAUUCAUUUUGUGUUCCCAUUAGUAAUGCACUGGUUUAUCUGCAGACGUGGAUGACCGACACAAGGAUAGACAAUCAUGGUUCCGCUGUCACAAAAGACUUGCAGCCACAGCCAAGGAGAAAUUUCCAGAUUUUUUUUUUUUCCUAAAUCAGUUUGUUUAUUAAAUAUAUACUUUAAAACCGGUGUCGAUGACAAGGAGGAUCAUGGGAGCAGGGGUGACUAGGCACAGGCUGCCUGACCUGCAGGAACAUGGACUUCUACUGUCUCCAAGCAUUGUGCGCGCCUACUGAUAAGACGUAACCCGGGGAGGACACGUACAACAGCCUGACGGAUACCGUCACCAGGCGUAAGCUUCACGUCCAGGCCCCGCCCACCACUAUGGGGAAACCAUAGACAGCAUGGCUAGAGACCGGGGAGGAGGAAAUAUGUGUGAUUGUCCUCAGGGCUCCUCUUCCCGCUUCAUCCAAUGCUUCUUACUUUUUAUAGUAAAUGAUAAUUUUAAAAGAAAAAAAAUGCAAUUUGGAGUGAAAGAAAAAAAAAUACAAAAAGUGUGUGACUGUUCACUUCCUGGAAAGGAAAAAGAAACGUAAAAAUAAAAUCACAAGCCCCCCCAUCCCCCGUGUUGUGGGGCGCCGGCCGUGUGUCGCGCCAGGAAACACACGGCACUUUAACUUCUUUUGGACUGAGAUUUUUUUUCUUUCUAUUGUAAAUGGUACAGUUUUAUUGUACGGGUGCUAAAAAAACAAAAAAUACAACUAAAAAUAUUGA